AUGCGCUUCUCAAUCUUGUCAGUUCUUUCUGCACUUUCGGCCUUGGGCCACGCACUGCCGAACAAGCUGCAGACGCGAGAUAUUGCUGCCGAUGAGUUGUCGGAGUUCAAAUUUUGGGUUCAGUAUGCUGCUGCUGCCUACUGCCAUGAUAGUUACACCGCAAAGGCCGGCUUUAAGCUAGCCUGCUCUGCUGGCAACUGUCCCGAUGUCGAGGCUGCAGGCGCCACAAUUGUAUACGACUUUUCCAACACUACCCUCACCGAUACGGCUGGAUACGUAGCAUUGGACGAUACCAACAAGGCAAUUGUCCUAUCCUUCCGCGGCUCCUACUCCAUUCGCAACUGGCUUGCCGACGUCGACUUCCCUUACACUGACCCUGGCCUCUGUGAUGGCUGUGAAGCGGAAAUGGGCUUUUGGAACUCCUGGGCGUUUGUCAAGGACCCUAUUUCCAAGGUCCUCACCGAAACCGUUGCCUCUAACCCCGAGUACGAACUGGUCGUCGUAGGCCAUAGCCUCGGCGCCGGUAUUGCUACCCUUGCGGCCGCUGACCUUCGCGGGAUGGGACAUCCUUCGACCAAGAUGUACGCGUUUGCUUCGCCCCGUGUCGCCAACCCUGCAUUGGCCGACUACAUUACCGCUCAGGGCAACAACUACCGCUUCACUCAUACCAAUGACCCUGUUCCCAAGCUCCCUCUGCUUGCUAUGGGGUAUGUUCACGUUAGCCCUGAAUAUUGGAUCACCUCGGGUGACAAUGUUACGGUCACAACUAGUGAUGUUCAGAAGCUUGAGGGUACGGUCAACUUGAAUGGUAACACUGGAACUGGUGCUCUGUUGAUUUCGGAUAUCCCUGCUCAUCAUUGGUACUUUGAGCAAGCGGAUGGUUGUUUGGGAGCUGGUCUUCCUUUCAAGUCAUAG